AUGUCGGAGAUCCGCUUGAAAGGACCAACAAAGCAAAUCUUCACUGCCGCCGCUGGCCUGAACAAGUCUUCUUCAGCAGUCAAUUAUGCUGUCUCCGAGCUCAAUGCGAGUGCAUCGUCCUACGCCACACUGCAGCCCGAUGCUACGAUACAGGCCGAUAUCUUCAAGCCUACUAAGUACGGAGGGAAAUACACGACAACCCUGAUACCCGGUGACGGUAUUGGCGCAGAGGUCGCCGAGUCGAUCAAGACGAUUUUCAAAGCUGACAACGUUCCUAUCGAAUGGGAGCAAAUCGAUGUCAGCGGUGUGGAGUCUGGAGGUAAACAUUCAGAGGAAUUGUUCAGAGAAUCAAUUGCUUCCUUAAAGCGCAAUAAGCUGGGUCUAAAAGGCAUCCUCCAUACGCCCGUGGAGCGCUCCGGCCAUCAGUCCUUCAAUGUCGCCCUACGUCAAGAGCUCGACAUUUAUGCCUCAAUUGUCUUGAUCAAGAAUAUCCCAGGUUACGAAACGCGGCACAAAGACGUCGACCUGUGCAUUAUUCGAGAGAAUACGGAGGGAGAAUACUCCGGCCUGGAGCACCAGUCGGUCGCUGGGGUUGUGGAAUCGCUGAAGAUAAUUACAAGGGCGAAGUCAGAACGAAUCGCAAAGUUCGCAUUUAGCUUCGCACUUUCCAAUCAUCGGCAAAAAGUUACGUGCAUACAUAAGGCAAAUAUCAUGAAGCUAGCAGAUGGGUUAUUUCGGGAUACAUUUCACCAAGUCGCUAAGGAAUAUCCAUCUUUGACGGUGAACGACAUGAUUGUUGAUAAUGCGUCGAUGCAAUGUGUUUCAAAGCCGCAACAAUUCGAUGUCAUGGUCAUGCCGAAUCUCUACGGAGGCAUUCUGUCCAAUGUGGGCGCUGGCCUUGUAGGGGGUCCAGGCAUUGUCCCUGGUUGCAACAUGGGACGUGAAGUAGCUGUCUUUGAACCUGGAUGUCGCCAUGUUGGUCUGGAUAUCAAAGGGAAGGAUCAAGCCAAUCCGACGGCGAUGCUACUCUCUGGAUCAAUGCUACUAAGGCAUAUAGGCCUAGAUGAGCAUGCUAAUCGCAUAUCAAAGGGCGUGUACGAUGUUAUAAGGCAUGGGAAGGUUAGGACACGAGAUAUGGGAGGCAACAGCACUACGCAUGACUUCACCAGGGCAGUAUUGGGGGCUAUGGAAGAAUUAUAA